AUGUUGGCCCGCAUCAAGGAGUAUUUCGAAGACAGAGGCGUUACGGCGAGCAACCUUCCCAAGGUCAUCGUCGUGCACGAAUGCUUGAGCGUGGCCUUCCUGGCGCUUACCUGGGCUGUCUGCUAUCAAAUACAGCCUACGCAGGGCCCAGUGCUCGCGCCCAUCAACAAAACAAUCCAAAACAGCAACAACGCCUUCAUCGUCCGGAGUCGCCAGUCCUUCGAGGCCCUCAUCUCCAAGUCGGAGAAGCGGCUUAGCCAAGAUUGGCUCAACAAGAGAGGAAUCGACUCCGGGAGAAUGGCGAUCUCCCUAGCGGAAUCGACCCUGUUCCGAAAGCUCGCCAAGCCGGUCACCAUCCCGGGAAAGCUCUGGCUCACGCUCAAGCUCUCGCAAACAUUCCUUGUCGGCGACGACCGCGACAACGGCAAUGAAAGCACCAACAGUGGUACCAGAAGGCCGUUGGUAAAAGAAGCAGCUUCGGGGACCAGAGGAUGGGGGUGGCUGAGGAAGGGAAGACGAUCUGGAAAGAGAGGGAAAACGAUUUGCCCCCCCGGGAGGAGGGGGGGUGGGAGGGCGCCCGGCUGCUUUGUUGUCUUACCGCAGGCCGCUUCUGGCCCGUUUUUGCGAUCCUCGAAGGAAAUUUGUAGGUAGAAGACUUACUCUAGGGCACACGCUGCAGAACUCCCAAAGCUUGGAGGGGCCCGGCCUAGCGAUGGCUCGCCCUUUUUUCGGUCCUUUGUGAUACUCCACAGUUGCCCGUAGAGCAGUGGAGGUGGCGGUAUAUCGUAUCGCGGUGUAGUGACCGACGAAAAUCACCACGUUAUUUUGGGACCCGCGCUACUGGGGGAGGCUACGGUUGCUGUGCCAACGUUUUUUUUCCGCGGUACAUGGGGCACCGCGUUAUUCGGGACCGCGAUAUAUUGGGACCACUUCUGUAGUCGGUCUUGUUUGUUGCCCUCUUUCCCUACCUCGCUUUGCGCAACUAGCGGGGUCGUCUGGAGUAUUUUCUGUGCAAUUGCACCAAUGAAAGCUUGUCUGUUUGCCAACGGAGACAACGUCGGUCGCGACAAUAUGA